AUGUGGGUAGAUGGUGUGCAAGACUGCAGAAAAUCAGUGGACUUCAGAAAACGGUGGGGAUCUACAUCAAACCGGAAAAACUCUACUGGGCCCGCCUGCCUUUGUGACAUAGCCCAGUCAGCCUCAGCUGUAGAUCUUGCCUUGACUGGUGAGGCCCAAAGCCAGUGGCCCCGCGGAGGCGGGAGCCGGGCCAUGGCUGAGGCGGCUGGGCCCAGUGGCGAAUGCCAAGGCGCCGAAGUUAAAAUCCAGCAGCCUGUGGCAAAACCUGUCAAGGGACCACUGAGGCGUGGCCCGCGCUCGGUGCUCAGAGUGUCUCAGCUGCUGCUCCGGGCCAUCGCUGCGCACAAAGGGCUGACUUUGGCAGCCCUCAAGAAGGAACUUGGAAACGCUGGCUACGAAGUGCGCAGGAAGAGUGUCCGCCACCGGGGCGAUACCUCCAAGUCCGAGGUGAAGGGCACGCUCCUUAGGGUCAGCGGCAGCGAUGCCGCCGGCUACUUCAGGGUCAGGAAGAUCCCGAAGCCGAAGAGAAAGUUGAGAUGCUCAAGGUUGGAGGACGGUGUCGGGCCUCCGAGAAGGGGCCCACGGAGGCGUCGCGUGCAACGCAGGGCAGCCAAGAAGGCCAGAGACAUAUGGAGACGGAACGCGAGGCCAAACGAGAGGGCGAGGAGGGUGAGGCCAAGAGCCAAGGACCAGGUGCGUGUUGGAGCCAAGAAGGAAGCAAGGGCCAAAGUGGUGGACGAGAGGAGAGGACGAACCAAGAAGGAAGACCCCAGGCCUACAUCAGGAGAGAAGAGGCCAAGCUCGAAGCCCAGGGAGGAGAAGCAUGACCCGGAGAAGCCAGUGAAACGGACCAUCCAGAAGCCAAGCCUGCUUAAGACCAACCGAACUUCCAGUUGUCAGGGAAAGACUCGCACAAAGACUUCCACUAAAUCUGAAGGCCCUCGGAAUGCAGUCCGGAAUCCACAGCGGAAUUUACAGCGUGGGAGCAGCUGCCCUUCCUCCAGGCACACAUGCCUUUCCUCCCUAGGCUCGAAAAAGAGCAGCUCUCACACUCAUUGAAAAUGGACAAAACUAUUUACAGGGCCUUUCCACCACA